AUGCCGUCUUCAGGAAAGCGCAAGAGGCACAAAGGUGCCGCUUGUAUCCACUGUCGACAGAUGAAGAUGAGAUGUGACGCCAGUGACAUGUUUCCAGCAGCUUGCUCGAGAUGCCAAAAGGCGGGCAAAAGCUGUGUCAUUGACCCUGACUUCCAUCGCACCGCAGUGAGAGAUCGCCUCAACACUCUAGAAAAAGAGGUUCAGGAUAUUCGGCACGCUUUUCAUUCACCACAAACGUCGAAAAUCACGCCGCCGAUCGCGGGCAAUGCCAUUCAGAGCGAUGCAUCGCCUAGCGACCACAUUCCGGAUGAACACCUCAACGAAGACUUACCGAGCAAAGAGGAAUUGCGCUUGAUGUUGUCGACAAGCCUAUUCUUUUUGGACACACCAGUCCUUGAAGCGACAACGAUCAGCAUUGACAAUGCUUGCGAUAUCCUCUUAGAGUAUUAUUCUCGCUACCACCCACUUUUCCCGUUACUACAAGAUGUAGGGAUUGUCGUCCAAGAAGCUCAGUCGUGUCCAUUACUCUUCUGGGCUAUAGUCGGCAUCACUCGUCGGGACCUGGCUGUUGGUCUGUCUGAACCGAUCCGAAAACUCGCAGGGAACGUACUGUUCCAGAACGCAAUCCCCUCUAUGCCUCUUAUUCAUGCUCUUCUCAUUCUGUCAUACUGGCCACUUCCGUAUGGGGCAUCGAGUGAAAACCCAUCGUGGCUCUACUGUGGGGCUGCUGUUCAUAAGGCUCUCGCUCUGGGCUUGCAUCGUCCAGCCUUCCUAGCUGACUUCGUCAACUGGAGCCUUCCCAACGAAAAGGCGAUUCUGACGCGUCAGAAAACUUGGAUUGCUUGCUUUAUCGUCAAUCAGACGGUGAGCAGCAUGUGGGGAAUUCCUGCCACGGUAAAGGCCGACUACACCAUCAAUAACGCCUUGAGAGAGUGGCCAGAGCAGUUUCCGAUGAUUCUCAAGCACCUGCUCCAUAUCUCCCUCAUAUCAUCUUCCUUCACCAACACUCUCGGCCAUUUUAACGGCACACCUGAUGGUCUCUUUCCAGAGCCUGACCAUGUCAUGCACGUCUUCGAGGCAGAUCUGGACGGUCUUGAGGCUCGGGAGUGGGUUAACUGGGAUGCCACGGUGCGGGUAUUUUACCUUUGGACCAAAUUGCGUCUCUAUUCCUUCGCUAUGCUCUUCGAUUCUUGCAGCGACGGUCUUCCCGAAGCCAUACGGCGUGAUGGGGAGGCAUACAGCGCCUCACGAGGAUUCACGACGGCGAACCGGACCAUAGACAUAGCUUGUGCUAUUGCGGAUGGUGCUAUUGUUCAACUACGGAAAAGCGAUAACACCGAAAUGGCUUUGCCGCAGCCCCUACAAACUCGACCUUGGACUGGCUUCGAACGAGCAGCUCUGGUGUACGCAGUCAUGUUUCUCCUGAAGAUCACGCGCUUUUCAACAUUCCCGACGCGUAGCAAACUAAGCGACAACACAAUUCGCAAAGCACUCACUGCUCUGCAGGCGGACAGAACGCCCCUCAAACACGACAUGGUGUCUCGAGUCUGUGACAUUAUUGAGUUUGUGUGUCGGCUGGCGGACCGCGAUGUUCGGGAAGAUGGAGCCCACACAUCAAGUUAUCAAGAUCCCGGCGUUAGAAACGAUAGAUUUGGAGAAAGCUCGCUACUAUCGAGAUCAAUAGGUCGAGUUCGCUCGAGGAUGAGUCAGAAUCUGGCUCAUGAUAUCAUGAGGUCCGCGCUCUCACGAUUCGAAGGCGAAGAAGGACGAAGAAAAUACCCUUAUUCCAGCAAAAACAGCCUCAACGCCAGCGCCGGCACAACGGGAGAAAAUAAGAGGGGCCCGACAGAAAUGAGUUUGGAUGAACCGUCUCGCACCACCCCCUUCGACGACCAUGAAGACGUCGAUGUCGCAGACGCUUCCAUGUCACUUCCAGUCGUGGACGAUGGCAUUGAAGUUGAGGCUAGAUUCGGCCCAUUCGUGCCAGGCGGUGGCAUCGGUUCGAACGCGUUCAACUCCUACGCCUCCAGUCUUCCACCGAACGAUAUAUUUUGGACCGACUGGGAUCUGUCCUUCACCGACCUGUAUGCCCAGGACUGGGAACUCCAUUCACUUGGAACAUUGGAGAGGUAGAAUAUCUUGGUCAGUCUGCGCCCGUGAAAGCGGACCGUGAUCAAGACGUAACCUAAAAAGAUAUAAAGACCCCGUCAUAAGGACCUAAAAACGAAGGCCACCGAGUUGUCGCCAAUAAUGGAACCUAUCUUAAGACGAGGCGUACUAGGGGUACUAUAGUAGAAAUCAGACUUUUGUGGCGCGGGUGAAUUAGAGCGUAGGUCGAAGGGUGAGAAGAAGGAGAGAAGAGGGUGGGUCAGGAGUAACUGGUUUUAAAAGCGGCGCCGUCAUCGUUC